ACUAAACACGAUUGCAAGUACCGUUAUCACCUGUGUGUUAACCCAGACCUUACCAAGGGUACCUGGACUAAAGAGGAGGAUGAGACGCUCAUAAAAUUAGUGACAAAGUUGGGAACACCAGUGGGCCAGGAUCUAAAGGGCCCCAUGGGGAAGCAGUGCCGAGAACGCUGGCACAAUCAACUGGACCCGUCAGUGAAUAAACAAUCUUGGACCGCCGAAGAAGUCCUCUUUAUCUGCAAAGCCCAUAGCAUUCUGGGAAAUCGUUGGGCCAAAAUCGCCAAACUGCUUCCUGGGAGGAACAAUUUAAUCCCGUCGCUGAGGACGUGUGAACGUGUGAAAGGAAAAUGUUUAUUAAUGUUAUUUAUCUGCCUCCACCUUGUGUGUGUGGAGUUUGUAUGUUCUCCCCGUGCCUCGGGGGUUUCCUCCGCGUACUCCAGUUUCCUCCCCCGGUCCAAAGACAAAAUGUUUGCACUAACAGGACUGAUAACUCCAUCAAGAACCACUGGUACUCAAAUCUGCAGCGUACAGUGGCCACUUGGUGACUGUGAUACUGGGGCUGCUUCACUUUACGAAGGAACGCCUAUAAACGUGAUAAAGGAGGGCGAAGCGUCUCGUCCCGGUGACGCGGAGGCUGAAAUGGAUGACCCUUGUGAUGGUAGUGUGCAGUCUGUGGCCGACGUACCUGACCAGAUAACGAAGGUGAUGGAACUGAGGGUUCGCAAAAGAAAACAGAAGCCCAUAGUGAAUUCCACUCUCAGCCCCAGCAGCAGGUCAGAGUCUCGACGGAACAUCAUCGUAGAUGCAGCGCUGCAAAUGAUCUCAGAAGACAUGCUGCCUUUUAGCAUUCUGGAAGCAUCCGGGUUUCGAAACUUCAUGGCUGCGAUCGGGCCGCAGUACCCUAGACUUUCUCAGCGUAGCGUAGGACUGAGACUUUAUGUUGAAGUGGAGAAGAUGGUUAAACCACGUUUGAUUAAACAGUUGAGGGAUUGUGUCACUGUAACUGGAGGUAUCUCUAACAUCCACGUCACUGCUGAUAUCUGGGCCAGCGAGGACACCGAACACAUCCUCGCAGUCCAGCUGCAUUUCCUUGAUGGUGACUGGAACGUUUGUAGGCCGACGGUUGCGUUUCGGCAUUUAAGCGACAAGAACUUGAGCGGCAUUAUGGGUGAACUGGAAGCCGUGCUCCUGAGUUAUGGGCUGUUUGUCCAGAACAUCGGAUACCUUAUCGUUCACGAGGCUAAAAACACAAUCACCACACACAACAUUUUCUGUGACUAUAAGAUCAUGCAUAGCAUCCAGAAGAACGACCCAGAUGAAGACGAAAUAGUCGACUUCCUGGACGAUCAGGUGUCCAGUGUGGAUUUCUCAGAUGUCCAGUUGGGCUCGAAUGUGGACUGCUUUAGCAGUCUGUUACACUUAGUGAUCAAGGAAGCUCUAAAUACCUCAAAGUCUGCGAAAUACGUCCUCACUCAGAUCCAAGAUAUUGUGGCCUUUUUCCGGCGUAGCACCUACUGGAAUAAUGUUCUCAUGCAGGACUGUAAGUUCUCUCUUGCUGAUCCUCACAGCUACAGCAGCUAUAGAUGGAACUCCACUUUUGCUGCUUUUCGUAAGCUGCUUUCGCAGGACGCCUGGGACGGCGUGAUGGGCCUGAUAGCCCAAGCACAGAAAGAAGAGAACGAUUGGACGGUUUCUCCUCCAGCAAUCCACGUCCACUGGAAACAAGCGGCAGACAUCAUUGGAUUAUUAGAACCCUUCGAGGAGGCAAUCCAAGUGCUUCAGUCAGACGGCGUCACGAUCUCUCUUGUGAUUCCAUCCAUCAUUGGACUCAAUAAAACCCUCAAGCUUAAAGCGACGACAUAUUCCAAGUUCUGCAAAGCUCUCCGCUCUGGACUUCAUCAGUACUUCCAACCUCUAAUUAUGCAAAAAGAUCUGAUGCUCGCCACAGUUCUGGAUCCUCGAAUUAAACUGCAGCCUUUCGAAGAUGAAGGAGAGACCAGCGAUAACACACUUACGCCCCCUACAAAAUUCUGGGUGUGUUCGACUUUAGAAUCCGCUAUGAGCGAAGUCGAUGCAUGGAUUCCCAUUGAAAAGGGCACUGCGAAACUGGACCACGAUGACCAGCUUGCUGUGAAAGCUGCCAGUUUGGGCAACAUCAAGAGCAAGCAGAUCUUCAGCUUCCUGAAGCCUUCCACAAAGACGGCACAAGUCUCAGAGCUCGAUCUUUAUAUUGCCGAACCUCUACUGGAUGGAGAUGCUUCUGUCGAAAAAUUCUGGCGGGAAGCUACACGAUUCCCACAGCUUCAAAACAUCUGCCACAGACUGCUGGCCAUCCCGGCGUCUUCCGGGGGAUUCCGACGUCUUUAUCCCACGGCCGCGAGCAUAGUCCGUGCCAGAAGAAAUCGACUUCCUCAGCACACUACAGAACGACUGUUACUUUACAGAGAGAGAAUCAGGAAAAGCACAGGAUUGUAAACAAACUUGUGACAUAGUGUUAAGCUUCAAGUGACCUUUUUAUGCAGUGUUAAUUACUGAUGAUGUUGAAUAACACAUUAGACCCUUAAAGUCCUGUAUGUUGUGAGGUGGGAACUGCAUGGAUCAGACUUUUCUGUCAGACUCCUGAUCUGGGGCUGAUGGUGAUGGUGUUGUGGCUGAUGGUGAUGAUGGUGUUAUGGGUGAUGGUGAACAUACUGACUGCCAGACCAAGCUGUGUACAUAUACCUGUUUUCUAAAGAUUGUAUAUAUAUAUAUACUUUUUUGGGGGAAAUCCUUUCACCUUAAGUCCUGUAAUGUGUCUUUCGUUUCGCGUUUUUCUGUUUCCAAGUUAUUUUACUGCCAGAAAAUAAAAUGGACAGAUAACAGAAA